AUAAGCAGUGAUUCCAGCUGUCUCUGGCUCAAUUGAGGAAAGUCAAGGUGAGGAUUGCCUCGGUACCUGGAUUCUCAGCUCAUAAUGUGUUCAGAAUUGGACUCAUUCAACUCUGGAAGAACAUUUUGAUUAGAUCUUAAUGAGUUGAUUAUAAUGGGGGAAAAAAAAGGCCUGUUGAAAUCCACAUGAAUCUUUGCGGCUUCUGAAAAAGCAGCAAAAGCAGAAAAGAGACAGUAACAAAAAUACAUACUCAAGAAGAAAAGAAAAGUUGAGAAAAUGGGAUGACAACAUGAACCUCUUGAGGAGCUUGGCACCAUUUGUGAUGAUAUUGUGGUUGCUGCUGCAUGAGGUGUGAAGCAGGAAAAUCUCUCACUUUGUAUUCAGAAAUCCAGGUGAAAACAUUGAGAACCCCACUGUUGCCUGCAUUUUAUCAUUACUUAUUUUGUCAGGUACAAAAAUGCUUGAAGGCUUAAAAUACUUGACAUCUCAAUUGAAAGCUCACAGAAUAAUGGAUGAAUUAUGCGCCCAAAUGCUUGAGGUAGUCUUCCCUUCAACACAGGCAUUUUACAAAAGUAAACAGCAAAGCAUUUCAUAUCUUAUUUAAAGAAGAACUUCACAAUUUGUCAGGUUCGCUCCAGUUCUGCGUCUCUGCAUUUCAAUUUCUACAGUGUUCUCAUGGCCAGAUAUAUCAACGGCUCUCGUACCCUGAACCAGAGUUUGACUACAGGGGAAAUAUUUAAUGCCUCAGACCCGGAAGACAUCGCUCACACAAGCAUCUCAAAAAAGAACUGGCCUGCCUUGCUUAUUCUCAUCAUUAUCGUGUUGACUGUGGGGGGCAAUAUAUUAGUGAUCAUGGCAGUCUCACUGGAGAAAAAGCUGCAGAAUGCCACGAACUACUUCCUGAUGUCGCUUGCUGUAGCUGAUAUGCUGGUGGGAAUUUUAGUUAUGCCAGUUUCCCUAAUUACUAUUCUCUACGACAAUAUCUGGCCUUUCCCAGAAAAGUUGUGUCCCAUCUGGAUUUACCUGGAUGUUCUCUUUUCUACUGCAUCCAUCAUGCAUCUGUGUGCAAUUUCACUGGACCGUUACAUUGGAAUACGGAAUCCUAUUGAGCACAGUCGCUUCAACUCACGAACCAAAGCUAUUAUAAAACUAGCUGCAGUCUGGACCAUUUCAAUUGGCAUUUCGAUGCCAAUCCCUGUCAUCGGCAUUCAAGAUGAAUCAAGAGUUUUCAUUGACAAGAGCUGCGUUAUUAAUGAUGAAAGCUUCGUCCUUGUGGGUUCCUUUGUAGCAUUCUUUGUUCCACUGAUUAUAAUGGUCUUCACGUAUUGCCUGACCAUCCAGGUACUGCAAAAACAGAUCCGUGUGUUUUUAGGUGACCAAAAACAAAAGCGAACAAGCUUGCAUGUCUUUAAAAAGGACAACUUAGGGGAAAAUGCAACAGUGAUACAAAGAUCAGAGACACCAGAUGUAAGUCCAAAGCCACCACUAAGCAAGGAAUCUCGGCUCUUCCGAAAAGGAACCAUGCAUUCGAUAAACAAUGAACAGAGGGCUUCCAAAGUUCUUGGAAUUGUCUUCUUUUUGUUUGUUGUCAUGUGGUGCCCAUUCUUCAUCACCAACGUCAUGUCUGUUAUCUGCAAGGAUUCUUGCAAUAAAGCCAUCAUUGGAGAGCUGCUCAAUGUGUUUGUCUGGAUUGGUUAUACCUCAUCCGGUGUCAAUCCCCUAGUUUACACACUCUUUAAUGGGACCUACCGCCGAGCUUUUUCCCACUAUAUUCGUUGCCAUUACAGUAUCAGAAGAACCAGAAAUCACUUCACAAUCAUUGCUUCCACAUCAGCAAUAUAUGAGAGAAAUUUGGAAAUGACUACAAUGAACAAUGGAAAUAAAGCUGAUUUAGUAUGAAGAAUGAAGGGGACAAUCUUCAAAAGGCACUUAAUCACAAGCCUCACGCAAUCCUUACACAAGUUUACGGCGCAAGGGAUUGGGGAAGUGAUACAUUAGAAUGGAGAGAGGAUUGGUUUGUAGACAGAAAUAAAAAAAUGGAUGAUAUUCUGGAUGGCAGGCUGUAACUAGUAGAAUGCCAGUGCUUGGGUCUUAUUUAUUUGCAAUCUAAUUGAAGUCUUAGACAAGGAACCAUUGUAAUAUGCCCAGGUAUAUUGAUGCUACACAUCAAGCAAUUGUGUAACAAAGAUUGAAUAUAAUAUGAGUAAGUGUAAAAUUGUCCUCUAUUUAUGUUAUUGUAAAUCACCUGUAGCUACCUUAACAAUAUUUCCUUUCAUGCAGCUCUCUUUAAGGAUACUAUUCCAGUUCCCCAAGCUGCUCCAACCGUUUUGCAUCCAUUCUGAUGAUGCAAGCUUCGACACCAGCACUUCUAAUGCUCCUCCUUCUUCUUUUACUGAGGUCUCCCCCCCACACCUAUUGUCAACAAGGUCUGCAAUCCUACCUCCUCUGUUUCACACAUAUCUGCUCUCAGCCCUCCCCUCCCAGCCAGGACACAAGAGAGGCUGUUCCUGAUCCUCGGCAGCCUCUUAAUUCAAUGGUACCAACAGCAAUCAUAUCUACCCCUGCCUUCUCCUUUCAGUGACUGGUUGUUUCUAUGUACCAUCUUGAUACACUCCUGUCCCCUCCAAAACCCUUACGUCUUUCCCAUGGCCACAUUCCAAACACCAGAUAUGCAAGAAAUGUCUUUGUACUUCCUCUCUUCUAACUGUCUGAGGACAAUAAGACCACAAGAUAUCUUAGCAAAAUUACGCCAGUCAAUCCAUUGAAUGUGCUCUGUCAUCCAGUCAUGGUUCAUAUGUUUCUUAACUGCUGAAAAUGUGUU